AUGGGACUACAGGAGAGCGUGCGGCACGUGAAGCCAACGAGGAGCAAGUCGGAGGUGGUCCUGACCAAGUUCGGGGCAGCGCCCUCAUCGUCCCCCCUCUCCUUCCUGCCCAAAUCCAUUCGGCGAAAGCAGGUCUUCAAAGUGCCCAUGUUUGGUCGCGGUUUGGACCUUAGCGCCAAGAAGUUGCUCUACAACAUGAUCUGGAGUCUGGAGAGCCCGUUUCCCGUGUGUGGCCUCCAUCCCGGGUCGGGUGGCAUCGGAAGCGGCGUGGCGUUCAACGUGGAGGGGAAGGAACUCAACCUCACAGUCAUCUACGAGGAGGAGGGGGUGUUCGAGAAACUGCGACCAGUUUGGCGAGACUUUUUGCAGAAGGACUCCAGCGGCCUCAUCCUCGUGAUGGACAACCGCGGCGAUACCGAGAGCCUCGCCAUGGCCAAGCGAGAACUCGCCAGGUUCGUGAGCUACGACUGCGACCCAGACGACGACCGCGCGCGUGAAUGUUCCGAGAAAGAGGACGAGCAGGAGAGGCCGCUGGCGGUCACCACGCUUCCGCUCCUGGUCUUUCUGUGCGAUGCCGGCACGGACGACGUCCCGCCGGAGACUCGACCCACUGCUCCGCCCCUCACAGCCGCCCGGGUGGCUCACGAGUUUGCGCUCUCUGCCCGCAUGCGGGGCAGAAAGUGGUGCGUGCGGCACGUGUGUCCGGACUCCCUCCAGGGCAUCGCCGAGGGCCUCCACUGGCUCGCCGCCAACUUGUAA